GGCGCAGUUUCUUGGCCAUCGGCUGCUCUCACCACAGCGUCAGGACGAGUCCCGUGCGUGUCCGUCCGCGGAGGUCUUUCUCUUCUCGCUCGGCUGCGGGAAAUCGAGCUGAAGCGACUGAGUCCGCGAUGGAGAAAACUUUAGAAACUGUUCCUUUGGAGAGGAAAAAGAGAGAAAAGGAACAGUUCCGUAAGCUCUUUAUUGGUGGCUUAAGCUUUGAAACCACAGAAGAAAGUUUGAGAAACUACUACGAGCAAUGGGGAAAGCUCACAGACUGUGUGGUUAUGCGGGAUCCUGCAAGCAAAAGAUCAAGAGGAUUUGGCUUUGUAACUUUCUCAUCUAUGGCUGAGGUUGAUGCUGCCAUGGCUGCAAGGCCUCAUUCCAUUGAUGGCAGGGUGGUUGAGCCAAAACGUGCUGUGGCAAGAGAGGAGUCUGGGAAACCAGGAGCCCAUGUGACUGUGAAGAAACUGUUCGUUGGUGGAAUUAAGGAAGAUACUGAGGAGCAUCACCUUAGAGAUUACUUUGAAGAAUAUGGAAAAAUUGAUACUAUUGAAAUAAUUACUGAUAGGCAGUCUGGAAAAAAAAGAGGCUUUGGCUUUGUUACCUUUGAUGACCAUGAUCCUGUGGAUAAGAUUGUCUUGCAGAAAUAUCACACCAUAAAUGGUCACAAUGCAGAAGUUAGAAAGGCAUUGUCUAGACAAGAAAUGCAGGAAGUCCAAAGUUCUAGGAGUGGAAGAGGAGGAAACUUUGGUUUUGGAGAUUCUCGAGGUGGCGGUGGCAAUUUUGGACCAGGACCAGGAAGCAACUUUAGGGGGGGUUCUGAUGGAUAUGGAAGUGGACGUGGAUUUGGGGAUGGCUAUAAUGGGUAUGGAGGAGGACCUGGAGGUGGCAAUUUUGGAGGUAGCCCUGGUUAUGGAGGAGGAAGAGGAGGAUAUGGUGGUGGAGGACCUGGAUAUGGCAACCAGGGUGGGGGCUACGGAGGUGGUUAUGACAACUAUGGAGGAGGAAAUUAUGGAAGUGGAAAUUACAAUGAUUUUGGAAAUUAUAACCAGCAACCUUCUAACUACGGUCCAAUGAAGAGUGGAAACUUUGGUGGUAGCAGGAACAUGGGAGGACCAUAUGGUGGAGGGAACUAUGGUCCUGGAGGAAGUGGAGGAAGUGGGGGCUAUGGUGGAAGGAGCCGAUAUUGAGCUUCUUCCUACUUACCAUGGAUCUUUUAGAUGCUGCUUCUUCAAUGCAAGGAAAGGAAAUAACCCCAGCGAGGUACUCUUCAGGGACACAGGUCUAGUACAAGAGAACUCUUGACGACUAAGCUCAGCCAGUCUUAAAAAACUGUGCUGUAUCUACAAAGCUUUAACUACAGUAGUUGAUAAGAAUGCCAACGAGAGCUGAGGGUGUAGAGCAAAGUAGUUCUAAGCUUCAGUUAAACUUCUUUAGGUAAGAACUUAUUUACUUUUUCUUUCUUAAUUUUCCUCCCUUAAAAGAUAAACUAAUAAACUCUUCAAUGGUCUUUUCAGUAUAGUUCUUAUGUAGUUUAACAUAGCUUAUAAAUUGAGUUUAACAAUAAACUCAAGAAGAUAAUUUUAUAAACCCUGUUUUCCAAUCUGUCAUUUACUUAAAUUAUUUUGGUUGUUUUCCCUUUUUUUCCUUCUUUCUCACCCCCUCCCUCUCCAUGAAGAUUCAGGUGCUUAACAUAUCAUUUUUUUCCCUGCUGGAAUUUUAGCAUUGAUAUGAACCAUGGACAAGUAUAUUCUGCUGCCACAAAGACUGUAAAGUGCUUCAUUUCAACAGCUGAGGCAAGCCAAGUGAUCAUUAAUAAAGCUUUUCUUGCUUCCUUCAGUGGUGUUGGUAGUAAAAUGGUAGGUAAAAGUUAGGCUGCAAGUUCAAUAAAUGAGAUUUACCUAUCAUUCCACCCUUGUGUAUUCAUUCACCUAUCCUGGUUCAAGCAGUUUGAGUCAACUAGGCAUUUAAAGGCAUUGUGUUUAUUACUUUAUGGUUCCAACUUUACAUGCUUGUCAGGGAUGAGUCUGAUAGGUUAAGGACAGUAGAAAUUUCUGUGCAACAGCAGCAACAAAACCCUUUAUGUACCCUGUACUAAAUAAUUGGGUUAAAAUGUGGUAGUAAUUUUUGCCCAUUAUCCUGCCCUAAAAUGUUGUAGGUUGGCUAUUGAAAUUUCCUAAAACCGCCCGCCCUCUGAUUUCUAGGCUUUACUGCCUUUCCAGAAAUGUGAUAUUCAGGGCGUAUACACAUCAGUGAGUCUGCUUUAAUCCUAAAACCACCACUGAAGUUACUUAGGUUCUUUGGACAAACAUGAUAAACUUCUUCAGAUACUUUUUUUUUCCUUUGGCAGGAAGGUGUCUUGCUGCAGGUAACUAAUGAAGAAGUGGUCAACCACAGAGUCUUCAAGAAAUAAGAAAUUCUGUACCAUCUGAAAGUAGUUCUUGUUGGUGCCUUCAUUUAAGAAGCACUUUUAAGAUAAAAGGGAAUGUUUUCUGAUUAAAAACUUCAUUUAGUACAGGUUCUUAAUAAAAUUACAAAAAUGAGUGUUGAUUGUAAAGGUUAACAUCAGAUUAGCUAAGGAUAAUGUGUUAUGUUUUAAAUUAGGAUUUGUGAGUAGACAGAUAAGCUCUAUUUUAAAUACAAGUUUUAUAAAAUAAAUACUUUUGUAACCAAA